AUGUCGAGUCCGAUCCUUCACCAGGGCGUAGGCUACGGCCUGAUCGUCGGCCUCAGUGUCCUUUUUGCCGGCUUCAUGAUUGUCAUUACCUGGUCUCUCAAGCGCUACAACUCUGAGCGUCAAACUUCUGAAAUGUUCACGACGGCUGGCCGUACCCUCAAGUCUGGUCUCGUUGCUUCGUCCGUCUUGUCCACCUGGACAUGGGCAGCAACCCUGCUGCAAAGUUCUGGUGUCGCCUACCGAUAUGGUGUCUCCGGUCCCUUUUGGUACGCCGCCGGUGCCACCGUCCAGAUCAUCCUGUUUGCGACUCUCGCCAUCGAACUCAAGCGCAAGGCGCCCAACGCGCACACCUUCCUCGAAGUCGUCCGAGCCCGCUAUGGACCUGUUACCCACUUUGUCUUUAUCGCCUUCUGCUGCUUCACCAACAUUCUCGUCACGGCCAUGCUGCUGACGGGCGGUGCUGCCGUCAUUGAGAACCUGACGGGGGCCCCGACUGCUGCCACCGUCUUCAUCUUCCCCCUCGGUGUCGUUGUGUACACGCUUUUCGGCGGUAUCAAGGCCACCUUCAUCACCGACUACGUCAACGCGCUCGUCAUCCUGGUUAGCAUCUUCAUCUUUGCGUUCGUCGUGUACGCGACCAACGGCAUCCUGGGUUCGCCCGGUGCCGUGUGGGACAUUCUGCAGGAGAUCUCCAAGGAGCGACCCAUCAGCGGCAACGCCGGCGGCAGCUACCUGACCAUGCGCUCACAGGGUGGCGCUGAGUUCUUCGUCAUCAACAUUGUCGGCAACUUUGGCACCGUCUUCCUUGACAACGGUUACUACAACAAGGCCAUCUCUGCUUCGCCUGUUGACGCUCUUCCCGGCUACGUUAUGGGCGGCCUCAGCUGGUUUGCGGUCCCCUGGCUGACAGCCACCACCAUGGGUCUCGCCGGUCUCGCGCUCGAGCGCUACGACGUCUGGCCCACCUACCCCAACCGCCUCACCGACGCCGAGGUCACCGCCGGCCUCGUCCUUCCCAGCGCCGCCGUUGCUCUGCUCGGAAAGGGCGGUGCCAUCGCCACACUGCUGCUCGCCUUCAUGGCUAUCAUGAGCACGUAUUCGUCCGAGCUGAUCGCCAUCUCGUCCAUCUAUUCGUACGACAUUUACAAGACGUACAUCAACCCUGCGGCCACUGGCAAGCAGAUUAUGCGCAUGAACUACAUCGGCAUGACCGUCUUUGCUCUCUUCAUGGGCGCCUUCUCCACGGCCCUCUACUACAUUGGCAUCUCCAUGGGCUACCUCUACGUCCUCAUGGGCGUCAUCAUCUCGUCGGCCGUCAUCCCCGCGACACUCACUCUCCUCUGGGACGGCCAGUCGUGGGCGGCCGCCACAUUUUCGCCAAUCCUCGGCCUCAUCUGCUCGCUCGUCGGCUGGCUCGUCACGACGCAGGUCACCUCGGGCGAGAUCACGGUGGCGACGUCGGGCGCCAACACGCCCAUGCUCGUCGGCAACGUCAUUGCCCUCCUCUCGCCCCUCGUCUUCAUCCCGUUGCUGACCUACAUGCCGCCGUUUAAGCCCCAACACUACGACUGGCAGUCGAUGCUCAACAUUCGCCAGGGCAGCGACGAGGAGGACGAGGCGCUCGACGCCGAGACGGCGCCCCACGAGCACGCCGUCGAGAACGCGGCGGCCGCGGCGGCGGCCGCCGAGGAGGAGCGGGCCAAGCUCGACAAGUCGGCCAAGUUUGCGCGCUGGCUCUGCGUCGGGCUGACGCUCGCGUUCCUCGUGCUCUGGCCGAUGCCCCUCUUCGGCACGGCGUACGUCUUCAGCCGCAAGUUCUUCACCGGCUGGGUCGUCGUCGGCAUCCUGUGGCUGUUUGUGUCGUCGGGCAUCGUCGUGUUCCUGCCGCUGUUCGAGUCGCGCCGCACCAUUGCCCGCACGUCCAAGUCCAUGUUCCGCGACCUCAUGGGCCUCGGGCGUCGCGGCAGGGGCGGCGCCGAGGUUGUCGUGCAGGGCAGGCACAUGGCGGGCGACGUGACGCCGCCGGUGAGCGAGGGCGAGAUGACGGAGAAGGCGGGCGGGAAGCAGUAG